AGUAUACUUGUAUUUAUUGGAUUGAAAAGAACACCUUAUUCUCCUAAAGCCGUAUUCUCCUAAAUAACACCUAUGAGUUGGGCUUCAUUGUUUGGCAGACUUGCAGGGGACUUUCCGAUAUAGAGAUAUAAAUAGUUGGUUUCAGUUUCACCCUUAUCAGAUCGAUUGGCUCAUACACGUUCCUAGCAGCCUGUCGGGGUCAGAAGCGUUGCAGCUUUAUUUUGGACACUUCACGUUGACUAUCGGAGCCUGUCAGGUCUCUGAAGCAGCAAAUUCACCUUGUGGAGAGGAAUUCAAUAUCUACCCGUAAUGCAGAAAAUGAGCUACUUCUUCCCCCUGGUUUGCAUUUGCAUGGACGUGUGCGCCGUGCACGCCAUUCGUCUGGCACAGCUGUCACCUCUCCUCCUCCCCCAUCCUUUCAUCACCUUGUGGGGGGGAGCUCUGACCAGGGCCUUCAUCCUGGCUUUUCUUGCCUUCACUUACCCCGGAGGCCUCCCAUGGGUGAGAAGCUUUGAGGGACUUCAAAGCAUAGCCGUCCUUUGCUUCCAUUUUCCGGUGUACACCACUCUCCUUUGGCAGCUGGGGCAAUCCACUGUUGAAGAACUGUGGGGAUGGCACUCCUGGGAACGGGUGUUACAGGGCUAUGCCGUUACAGCGGUGUCAUGGCUCUACUGGAGUCGAUACAUCUCGUCCUUUAUGACCAGAACUACAUUACAGAAGAAGGAGAAGCCUGGACCGGACAGUAGAGACUCUCUGAAGAGGCUCAUGGGAUACAUGCUGCCAUAUUCUGCUCGCUUCGUUGUGGUGUUGGCUCUUGUUGUUCUGUCAUCUUACGGCGAGAUGGCUAUUCCCCAGUACACUGGUCGUAUGGCGGACUGGAUCAUAAAUGAAGAAGCACCCGAUGCAUUCUCCGAGGCCAUCACAAUUAUGACAGUGUUGACUUUCGCCAGUGCUGUGUUUGAGUUUAUGUGCGACCUGACCUAUAACAUCACUAUGAGCCUCAUUCACACCUCAGUGCAGGGAGCCGUUUUCCAGGCCGUUCUCCGGCAGGAGAUCGCUUUCUUUGAUGCCACUUCCACAGGUGAGCUUGUGUCCCGUAUUACCACGGACACCAACGACAUGAGCGAAGCACUGAGCGAGAAGUUGAGUCUCCUGAUGUGGUACACGGCUCGUUUUGGUUUCCUGCUCUACUUCAUGGUCAGCCAGUCGUGGAAAAUGACUCUGCUGACCUGUAUGGGACUUCCCAUCAUCUGGGUCAUCCCUGAGCUCACUGGACAUUUCCACCAGACUAUUGCUGCAAAGGUUCAGGACUCUCUGGCAAAGGCCAACCAGGUGGCCACCGAGACCUUCUCCAACAUGAAGACAGUGAGGAGUUUUGCCAACGAGGACGGAGAGACAGAGAAGUACAGACAGCGACUGGACGAAACAUAUUCUCUCAACAAAAAGGAGGCAGUAGCUUAUGCAGCUUCUACCUGGGCCAACAGCAUGACAACUUUGGCCUUGAAGGUAUGCAUUUUGUACUAUGGUGGGACCCUGGUGACUCGGGGGGCUGUUAGCAGUGGAGACCUGGUCUCAUUUGUUCUCUAUGAGCUACAGUUUGCUUCCGCUGUUGAGGCUGUCAUGCGCUACUACCCGGAGGUAAAAAAAGCAAUUGGUGCCUCGGAGAAGAUUUUUGAAUAUCUUGAUAGGAAACCUCAAAUACCUCCUCCUGGCAGUUUGGCUCCUGAGAAUUUCAAAGGACAUGUUCAGUUUGAAAAUGUUCGCUUUUCCUAUUCUGGAAAGACAGAUGAGAACAGUCUUAUACUUAAGGGUGUGACUCUGGAGGUAAAGCCGGGGCAGAUCACUGCACUUGUUGGACUAAACAGAUCAGGGAAGACGACCUGUGUGAAGCUGCUUGAGAGGUUUUACCAACCUCAGUCUGGAGAAAUCCUGCUGGAUGGGAAACCCCUUCAAAACUACAAAGACCAGUUCCUACAUGAAAAGAUUGCUGUGGUGAGCCAGGAUUGCGUGUUGUUUGCUCGAUCUGUGCGGGACAACAUCAAGUACGGUUGCAAGGACGCUUCAGACGAGGACAUGUACAGAGCUGCUGAGCAGGCUAGUGCCCACAAGUUCAUCACUGGACUUUCAAAAGGAUACGACACAGAUGCUGGUGAGAAAGGGGGUCAAGUAUCUGGAGGUCAAAAGCAACGCAUUGCCAUUGCCAGGGCUUUAAUUAGAAAACCGAAAAUCCUGAUCCUGGACAACGCUACUAGUGAUUUGGACACAGAGAAUGAAUACCAGGUCCGUGAAGCUCUGUUAAAGCUGGCAGAGAACUGCUCUGUGCUUAUGAUUUCCAACAAGAUGAGUGUCGCAAAGACAGCCAGUCAUAUCAUUGUCCUGAACAACGGGACAGUGGAGGAGGAGGGCAGUCAUGAUACUCUCUUGCAGAAAGGUGGCCUUUAUUCAGAAAUGGUAAAGAAACAGGAAGAGGGCUUCAAACGUCCAACAGAUGAAAGCAGUGGGCAGCAGUGACCCGUCUGAGUGACUGAAAAUGACUUAAAGUGGGGUGGCUAUUUGGCGUUCAGGUGAAAACUUAAACAAAACUCAUAUUGGUAAGAAUGCUCUUAAUAUGAAACAACACUUUUUACUGAAAAUAUUUGCUUGAGUUUGACUCUAUAAGACAAUUGCACCUUGAAAGGGAAGAGAACUACAUCUUUAAGAAAAGUGUUUUCAUUACCAGCAUUUUUUAACAGAAAGUUAAAUCCUUAGAUCCUAUCUCCUUGAAAUAGGAAGACAAGAAACAUAAUCUUUUGUUCACAAACCCAUAAAACAUAAAAAAUCAUGUAUGUUGAGUAAUUCAUUUUUGUCAAACGGCCUGCUUCUAGAUUCUGCUGCACAAAUUUUACGUUGCUGUAAAAACAUAUGUUCUGCCUUAAAAUAUUGAUUGUGAAAUAUUUAUUUUGUACAGAACAGAGAAACUUAAAAGACAAAUAUGGGCGGUUAAUUUAUUUAGGCUUUUAUUUAUAUUGUUCAUUGGAAAUGGCACAGGAGAAAGUACAGACUUAUUUUAAAUAAUCUUGCACUUAAACAGACAAGGUACAUGCCUGAGCUUGUUCUGCUUCACGGCAAGGCUAAGAAAUUCCAUAUUACGCCUUGAACUCUUUCCAUAUGCAGCAUAUGGAAAAAGGUACAAAAUAAUUUUGUACCUUUUUAGAAAAAAAGAUGCAAAGAAAGAAAAAAAGUAGAUUUUCAGGUGCUUGAAAGAAUGUGGCUCUAAUAUCUUCUGUUAAUCUACAGUAUUGGAAUCUCUUCUGUAGCAGCCAACUCUCCAAAAAACAUGGCCCCAUCAAUCCUGUUUAUUGUGUUUAAAAGCAGCCGAAGUCCAGCAAACCGUUAUUUCAUUCAUGGCACAUUUCAGCUUGAUACAUGAAAUGUCAAUUAAAAGCAUCAACUGACAUGUUUCAAUCGUGAGAAGAAUUAUCUGCUCUGCAGAUGCAGAUUCCCUUAUGCAUCGUUGUUUAAUUUAUCCAUUUUUUGGUAUAUAGUCAUAAAAAUACCACAAUACUUUUGACAACAUUUUGCUAAUUUUAAAAAAUGUGGAUUGUUUUGAUCAGAGAUUUUAUUUAACCCCUUAAUUGUCACUUCCAAAAUCCUUACAUGUAAGUCAAUGCAUCCAUGAGGACACUGGUGUCCCGUGGCAUUAAAGGGGAAGUAAAAGUAAGUAAAACUCAUUUAACUUUUACUUUCACUUGACUUGACUUUUCCAUUGUAGGAGUGCAAGAGAAAACCGACCAUUCUUUUAAUGCUACAAAUGCUACGAAGACUAAAAUAUAACCUUAUCUUUUAUUAUUUUCACAACAAAUUUGAGGCCUUAUCAGCCGUCUCUUUUGGGCCAGGCCAGCAGGUAGAAAGGUUCCUCUCACGUAACAUUAUGUGGUCAUUUUUUUCUAUAUGUUUUUUUUCUAUAUUUCACAUUUUUGAGCUGGUUAGAUGGCACAGUAAAAUACUAUGGAUAACUUCAGAAACUCCAUAAUAAUCAAAAAACAAGUUUUACAAUAAAAACAGAAAAAUAAUGUUUUUCUGUCCAUUUUUUAAAUUUUGCAAUCAUGUUUAUCUAAUCACCAAUAUCAUGCUUGCAAAUACAAAUAUACAUAUUUUUGAAACACUUCUAACAGACUUUAUCCUAGUGUACCACAAGGACAAAAAUCAAAGGCAUUCAUGAAUCACCUCUAAUCACCAUUACACAUGGUUCCAGCAAUGUUGAAAUAUUACUCAGUCUGAUCAAUAACCUUUUUUUCACUUGGGUGUUCAAGAUCAAUUUGAAGCUGUGGGUUCUAUUAUUCUCUUUUUUUCAAAUAUGGGAGUUAUUUAUUUAUUUUUUUCUUUAGCCUGGUUGCUUUCUAAUAUCCUGCUUCAAAAUCACCCCAACAACUACUUUAGUUGGAAGAGUUUCAAGUGAUCUUCAUAAACACUUUUAUCAACAUAAGAAAUGCAGUAAUCUCAUUUUUCCAUCUGCUAACAAAACAGAUGUAAAGAAAUGUCUUAUUUUGAAAAGUAUUCUGUUCUUUUGAUUGAGUACCUUUUCUGUCUUUUACUCUUACUGUAAAAUUUUAAAAUGUUUUGAUGUGAAAUUACUUUGUUGGAUUCAAACAAACAUAUAAGAAUAAACUUUUUUAUUAUUA